AUGUUAUUUCUGAUGCUCUUUGCUAGCAUACUGGUGACUUGGCUUGAGGCCACUAAACUCACUGUGGGCUUCCAGGCCCCCUGGAACAUCUCCCAUCCAUGCAGUGUGCAAAGGCUCGGUGCGGGUCUCCAGAUGGCCAUUGACAAGGUCAAUUCAGAGCUGGCUCACCUGGAAAACUUCAGCUGGGAAUUCACUUACACCAACUCGGGCUGCAGCACCAAGGAGUCCCUUAGUAUUUUCAUCAACCAGGUCCAGAAAGAACAGAUUUCUGCUCUGUUUGGACCGGCAUGCCCAGAAGCAGCAGAGGUUAUUGGUUUGCUGGCUUCUGAGUGGAACAUCCCCAUGUUUGACUUUGUUGGACAAACAGCAAAACUAGAGAACCACGUCUUGUAUGACACCUGUGUGAAACUCGUGCCACCCAUGCAGGAAACUGGUGAUGUGCUCCAGAAAACUCUGCAGUACCUGGGCUGGAAACAUAUUGGGGUGUUUGGAGGCCAUUCAGGGGCUUCCUCCUGGGAUCGAGUGGAUGAGUUGUGGAGGGUUGUAGAAAAUAAACUCAGAUCCCAUUUCACCAUCACUGCUCACGUGAGAUACACCAACAAUGAUCCAGCCCUCCUUCAAGAGAAUCUUAGGAGCAUGUCAUCGGUUGCCAGAGUUAUCAUCCUGAUCUGCAGUGCACAGGAUGCAAAUGUUAUUCUGCUGGCUGCUGAGAAGCUGGGACUGCACGCAGGAGGAUUUGUCUUCAUCAUUGUGGAACAGUUUGAGGACAGCUUUUGGAAGGACGUAUUGACCAAUCAGAAGGUGACACACUUCCCCAAAGUCUAUGAGUCAGUGUUUCUCAUCGCCCUCAGCUCCUAUGGAGAAAGCCCUAGAGAAGAAGGUUUCUGGAAAGACGUCUACCAAAGGCUGAGAAGGCCACCCUUCAACAGCUCCAUCUCCUCUGAGGCCCAGGUGAGCCCUUACUCUGCCUACCUUCACGACGCAGCCCUGCUCUAUGCUCAGACCGUGCGGGAAAUGAUAAAGGCCGGGAGAGAUUUCCGGGAUGGGCGGCAGCUUGUCUACACUCUGAAAGGUUCUAAUAAGACUGCACUGCAGGGAAUCACAGGCCCUGUGUUUGUGGACUCCUGGGGGAAAAGGCUCAUGGAUUACUCAGUCUACGUCCUACAGAAAUCUGGAAAUGGGGCCACUUUUCUUCCCUUUCUUCACUAUGACAGCUAUCAGAAAGUAAUCAGACCCAUGAGGAAUUUCUCCAAUAUUUCUUGGCCCCAUGGCUCCCUUCCUGUAGACAGACCUGGCUGUGGAUUUUACAAUGAGCUCUGUGAUAGUGAGCCUGCUUUUACAGGUAAGCUGACCUGGGUAAUUGUAUGUCUCUACCUGCCAGGGGUGACUGCUAUGACUCUCAAGCUGGCAAUCCUGAUGACUGUCUUGGGAGCUGUUGGCAUAGGUCUGAUUUUAAGGAGGCAGAGGGGAAAACGGCGGAGGCAACAUAAAGACACCUGGUGGCAAAUCAAUUACGAUGACAUCACCAUUCUGCCCCAGAACAAGCCAUCCCAGAAAGGCACCCCUGUGUCGAGAAGGAACCACAGUAGCACAUCCAGUAUGAUGAUUUUGGAGGACCUCAACUCCUUGGUCAAGAGCCAGCAGGGGGAAGAGCUCUUUUAUGCCCCAGUAGGGCUUUACCAGGGAAACCACGUGGCCAUUCACUAUGUUGAUGAGCAAGGUGACGCCUGGAUUAGGAAGUCAUCUGUAUUGCAGGAAAUCCGGCUGAUGUGUGAGUUAAAACAUGACAACAUUGUUCCUUUCUUUGGUAUUUGCAUGGAAUCACCCAACAUCUGCAUUGUCACCCAGUAUUGCAAAAAAGGAAGUCUGAAGGAUGUUUUGAGAAAUGCAGAUAUUGAAAUGGAUUGGAUCUUCAAGCUCUCAUUUGCAUAUGACAUAGCCAAUGGCAUGCUGUUUCUCCACAGGAGCCCCCUGAGAUCCCAUGGCAACCUGAGGCCUUCCACCUGCCUGGUGGACGGGCGCAUGCAGGUGAAGCUGUCAGGCUUCGGGCUGUGGACGCUCAAGUGCGGAAGGACAGAUAGGACAUACAAUGACAGACGCACUGACGAUUCAGAGCUCUACUGGACGGCCCCAGAGCUGCUGCGGCUCCUGGAGGCGCCCUGCGCGGGCACCCCAAAGGGGGACGUUUACAGCUUUGGGAUUCUGAUGAGGCAGCUGAUCCACCACCAGGACCAUGGGCCUUUCGACGACCUCAACGCUGGACCCAAAGAAAUCAUCAACCAGAUCAAAUACCCUGCAGCAGUUCCACUGAGACCCUCCCUAUCAGCGGAGAAGGGCAAUGACAGUGUCCUGGGCAUGGUGAGGGCAUGCUGGGAUGAGUCUCCUGAGAAAAGACCCACUUUCUCUUCUGUCAAGAAAACUCUGCGAGAAGCCAGUCCCAAAGGCCACGUGAACAUACUAGACAGUAUGGUGAGCAAGCUGGAAGUGUAUGCCAAUCACCUGGAGGAGGUGGUGGAAGAGAGGACUAACCAGCUGAUGGCAGAGAAGAAGAAGGUGGAAAAGCUUCUGGCCAAAAUGUUGCCCAGCUUCAUUGGAGAACAGCUCAUAGCUGGAAGGUCCGUGGAACCAGAACACUUUGAUUCCGUGACAAUCUUUUUCUCCGACAUUGUUGGAUUCACAAAACUGUGCUCUCUCAGCUCCCCCUUGCAAGUUGUAAAGCUCCUCAAUGACCUGUACAGCUUAUUCGAUAAUGUCAUUAAAAUGUAUGACGUAUAUAAGGUUGAAACCAUUGGGGAUGCAUACAUGGUGGCCAGUGGACUUCCCAUCCGCAAUGGAACCCGGCAUGCGGAUGAGAUCGCCACAAUGUCCCUGCACUUCCUCAGUGCCACUGUCCGUUUCCAGAUUGGGCACAUGCCUGAGGAGAAGCUCAGGCUCCGGAUUGGUCUCCACACAGGUCCUGUGGUGGCUGGUGUGGUGGGAAUCACCAUGCCCAGAUACUGUCUGUUUGGAGACACUGUGAACAUGGCGUCCAGAAUGGAAAGCAGCAGUUUGCCUCUCCGGAUUCACGUCUCUCAGAGUACCGCAGACGCCCUGCUGGCAUCGGGAGGGUACGAUUUGCAAAAGAGAGGCACCAUUCCAGUCAAGGGCAAAGGGGAGCAAACAACUUUCUGGUUAAAAGGCAAAGAAGGCCUCACUAUUCUGCUCCCUGAAUUCACUGAGGAUGAAGGUCAAGUCCCUGAGAUCUUCUGA